AUGCCCGAGUCAGCUUUGGCGGCGGCUGGGCGCAGGAGUUGUUUGACACCCAGGCAAGGUGCGUCGAGGACCCACCGCGUGGCCAGGGAGGACCAGGCCUUCCUGGCGUCCUGCCCCGGGAACUCGCCACGGCCAUUGGCUGGGAGACUGGGGGGCAUCUGCCCAGGGGGGCAGUACUGGCCACCACACUAUCCAGCUGGCCAGUAUAAAUUGGAGGACACUAUUUCCAGCACCAGGGCCACACAUACCCAUGAAGCCAUCAAGCCGAGCACUGCUGGCAACUUCAGGGGCCCUCUGCGGGUUCAUGGCUGGGGGCGUGGGACCGGCUAUUGUCCCAACACGGCCUCCAUCUUUGGCGUCGACUGGUCCCACAAGGAGACUACAGACGUGUUCCACACCACCUACAGCGACACCUUGAGCUCCAUCCGUGUCGAGUUGGCCUCUGGCUUCCUUUCGCAGCCCGACUUCUGGGCGGAGGAAGGGGAUGCGCCGAUUCUGAAGUUUGACCAUGGCUGGCUCCAGGACCACACAAGCGAGGCAAUUGCCAGAGCAACUGCGUGGCUGCCAUGUGCGGGAGUUGAGCCCAGCCGGGUUGAAGUGGACACUACGCCGCUCUCCUCGGAGGGGGCUCGAAUCUUCCGUGCCGAUGCCAACCGCACCUUCCGCAGCGAGCCAAAUCGGCUGAUGUGCAUCAAGCUCCUCUCCUUUUCGCAGCAGAAGUUCGGCGACUACCAGCAGUCCUUGGGGUACGUUGCAGGCCUUUUACUACUAUUCUUUGAUCCGGCAACCUGCUUCAAGGUUCUGACUGUCCUGAACGACAGCCCGAAGUACCUACCUGGCUACUGGCGUGGGGAGGCGACCGCCUGCGCGGUAGACGGCUACGUGUGUGAGGGUUUGCUGAAGCCGCAUUUGCGAGUGCGGCUGAAGGAGCUUGGUCUUCUUCCCGAGACCUUUGUGCAGAAAUGGUUUGCUGGGCUGUGCAUACACCACCUGCCAUACAGCCUCCUGUUCGACUUUUUGGACAACUUCUUUAGCCAUGGCAAUGCGUAUUUGUUCCAGUUCUUUAUGUCCUUCUUCGAUGAGUUCGAAGUAGACAUCAUGAACGCAGCGAACAAUCCAGAGGCCAACAUGCUCAUACGAUUUGAGUCCGCUCCACAUCCGCGCCUUCGGAAGGUGGUCCAGGAGGCCACAGCACAGAGAUACGUGGAUACCGUGAAGUCGCUGGACGUCCACCAGUGCCGCAUCGCCGCCUUUCAGGACGCUGUGAGCUGCGGGUGUACAACAGACGCCCUGCUCCGCUUCUUCAUUUUUCGCCUGUUUGCGGGGACCGCUUAG